ACACAUGGCAAAUCCGGAUUUUAUUUCAGGCUGCUCAAACGGGACUUUCCCUUUUUAUGAGGGAAAUUAUGCAUCGGUGGGGCAAUGCCCUAUGUGACUAACAUGUUGAAUCAUCUCUGUGCGGGGAAUUAUUAAAUUUAACCAAUUGGACGGUAGACGAUUUCAUUAUGUCGGCAAGAUUGGCUCGAGAAAAAGCAUCAGAUAAUUUAAUCAAUAACUUGUUACCUCGUGUGGAAUUUAAAGACGUACCACCAAUUAGUGUAUAUUGUUGCAAAUGUGGUAAUGUUUUACAGAGACCGUUGCAAUUGUCUUGUGGACAUCGAUGUUGCACAAGAUGCGAAAAAGAUAUUCCGGUGAACGAAGCUGGUCAAAAACACUGCCCAGUAGACGAUGAGCUAAUUGAAAUGAAGUUUCCAGAUAUUUCUGCAUUGACUGAGAUUAUGUUCUUGCUUUGUUACUGCGUCAGCAAAGACGAGGGUUGUGCGUGGGAAGGAAAGUUAUUGGAUCUCGAAGAUCAUUUAAAACUAUGUGAUUUCAGUCCAAAUCUACCUUGUCCAUGGAGUGGCGUACAUUGUGAUUUUACAGGAAGCAAGAAACAGCUUGAGGAACAUCUAAAAGGAAGUAGUACAAAGCAUAACAGUUUAUUUGCAACAUUUUUAUCACAGAUCGUAGAGUCGUUUGAUGCAGGUAAACAUAGCAUGAACGAAUUGAGAAACCUGAGUUCAAAACUGCGGAAUCGAUUAGACAACGCAUCUGAUAACGUUAAAGCAACGCAGGUUGCGCUAAAUGAAACGUUAAAUUUUUUGAAUCAGCAGGGCUUGAAGCAAGCCGAUUUACGGACAUGGUAUGCGGAUGUUGAUCGGAGAUUGACAAGUUUAGAACGUGACGGUUUGCCGGAAAUGCGACAGUUGGAAGGUCGUAUUAAAGAUUUGUUUGAAAAAGUGGAAAAGCAACAGAGUAUGCUAAAAGAUGCGACCACUGGUAGUAAAGCUCCUCAAUUGUCAUCGUUGCUGCAAACUAAAAAACAAGUGGAAGAGAAAACAGCGAACUUGGAAAAAACAGGCAAGCAACAUCAUUCUACACUUCAAGAUAUCGAUUUGAAAAUUCGAUUAUUUCAGUCAGCUACCUUUAAUGGUAAUUAUAUCUGGAAACUAGAUAACUUAAAGAAUAGAUUCGCAGGAGCAUUGAGUGGCACGAUCGGAGAAUUGUACACUCCUCCGUUAUAUACUUCACCAUUUGGGUAUAAGUUUUCUGUGAAAGUUUUGUUGUAUGGAGAUCCAAAGGACCGGGAAAGUGGAAUAAGUUCAACUCCGUUUAUCUCGUUGUAUUUCGUUCUGAUGAAAGGGGACUACGACGAAAUCCUAAGUUACCCGUUUAAAUAUCCAAUUACAAUUACUUUAGAAAACCUAUCUAAGAAAGAUAAUAUCUCACACAAAAUCAUACCGGAUGAGAAAAUUCAUUUUCAGCAACCCUUUAGUGAAAUGAAUCCCGCCAUUGGAUUCUCGAAGUUUUGCAGCCACGAGAAACUUCACUCGGAUGGAUUUAUCAAGGAUGAUGCGAUUUAUUUUAAAAUUGUUGUCGACAAACCGGAUGAUGUUCCAUAAGAUUUUAACAAACAAAUAUGUGAAGGGAGAUCCUCUGAAAUAAAAGUCUUUGUGGGUGUGUUAAGAACGUGUUAAAGAAAAAUCUUUGAAGGAGUGAAACGCUCACUUUCUUUUAAGCUUCUUGGAUUGAUGAAAAUGUAUUCAAUUGGUUGUCAGGGAGGGGAUAGUGGAAGUAGUGCAAAACCAUGCUGAUCAUUUUAGGGUGUAAGGCUGAUUUUUUGCUUACCGCUUUUAUAGCGGCCGAAUAACUUUUUUCCAGAGUGACGUCACUUUAUACUUACCGUUCCACUUCCAACCGAAUAUUUUAGUAAACUUUUUGUUUUUCGGAUUAGUGAAGGAUUUUAAACUUCUAAGCGAAGAGAUAUUUUUACCAGCUGUGGCGGAACGGGAAGUUUGAAAUAUUGUCACUCGGAAAAACGCAUUAAUCGGUAACAAGAGAGAAAUUCAAUGGUAACAAGCUUAACAGAUCGCUGCUUCAUUCGGAAAAAAGGAGUUUGACACAGACCAAGAUGAUUAUUGACGAGGAGGACGAUUGUUGAAGGAUAUAGAAGUUUUCAUUAUAGACUGUAUUGAUCUUGACAGUUUAUUAUUUACAAAACUGUUUUUAAUUUGAAACUAUAGAAAAAGAGUGUAUUUCUUGGCAAAAAAGUCGAAAUGAG